AACUUUCAUUGCUCAGGGUGUUGAAGGAGUGAUUAAGAAGCCUGUCAACUGACUGUAGAAAAAAAGAUACUUCCUCUUGAUAUCAGAUAAUUGUUCUAGAGUGUCCGGUCUGCCCCAGUGGAACACUGCAGAACCCGAGGGCCUUGCCACGGGAUUUAGGUCGAGCUUGCUGUGGAGUGCGCAGGACCUGGGGACUGAAUUUGCCCUAAAAGAAAUCAUGUCAUCAGGAGGAGCUGAAGAUGAUAUUCCUCAAGCAGAGAGGAAAACAGUUACAGACUUUUGUUACUUAUUGGAUAAAUCUAAACAGCUCUUCAAUGGCUUAAGGGAUUUACCUCAGUAUGGGCAAAAGCAGUGGCAAUCCUAUUUUGGGCGAACAUUUGAUGUUUACACCAAGCUCUGGAAGUUUCAACAGCAACAUCGACAAGUAUUGGACAAUCGGUAUGGGUUGAAGCGGUGGCAAAUUGGGGAAAUUGCUUCCAAGAUUGGGCAGCUCUAUUACCAUUAUUACUUGCGCACUUCUGAAACCAGCUACCUGAAUGAAGCUUUCUCCUUCUAUUCAGCAAUUAGGCAGAGGUCAUACUACUCCCAAGUCAACAAAGAAGACAGGCCUGAAUUGGUGGUUAAGAAGCUGCGUUAUUAUGCAAGGUUUAUAGUAGUUUGUCUCUUGCUCAACAAAAUGGAUGUUGUAAAGGACCUCGUAAAGGAGCUGUCAGAUGAAAUUGAAGACUACACCCAUCGUUUCAAUACUGAGGAUCAGGUAGAAUGGAACCUGGUUCUUCAGGAAGUCGCAGCUUUUAUUGAGGCAGACCCUGUAAUGGUCUUAAAUGAUGACAACACCAUUGUAAUCACCUCCAACAGGCUUUCUGAAACAGGAGCUCCGUUGCUAGAGCAGGGAAUGAUAGUGGGACAGCUUGCUCUUGCAGAUGCACUGAUUAUUGGGAACUGCAAUAACCAGGUCAAGUUCAGUGAAUUAACAAUUGAUAUGUUCCGAAUGCUACAAGCCCUUGAAAGGGAACCAAUGAAUUUAGCUUCACAAAUGAACAAACCUGGAAUGCAGGAGUCAACAGAGAAACCAGCCAGGCGGGAAAACCCCCAUAAAUACCUACUUUAUAAACCAACUUUUAGCCAGCUAUAUACUUUUUUAGCAGCAUCGUUUAAGGAGCUGCCUGCAAACAGCGUACUGCUGAUUUACUUGUCUGCCACGGGCGUGUUUCCCUCAGGUCGUUCGGAUAGUGAAGGUCCAUAUGACUUUGGAGGUGUUCUGACAAAUAGUAACCGGGACAUUAUAAAUGGGGAUGCUAUCCACAAGCGAAACCAAUCUUACAAGGAAAUGCACUGUCUUCACCCUGGUGAUCUCUACCCUUUCACAAGAAAGCCUUUGUUUAUCAUUGUGGACUCUUCAAACAGUGUUGCCUAUAAGAACUUCACAAACCUAUUUGGACAGCCAUUGGUGUGCUUGCUUUCUCCAACAGCAUAUCCAAAAGCGUUACAAGAUCAGUCUCAGCGGGGUAGCCUCUUCACACUAUUUCUGAACAAUCCUUUAAUGGCAUUCCUAUUUGUCUCUGGAUUAUCAAGCAUGCGCAGAGGAUUGUGGGAGAAGUGUCAAGAUUACCUUAGAAAAAUCAACCGAGAUAUUGCCCAGCUGCUGACCCACUCACGUUCCAUAGAUCAGUCCUUUCUUCAGUUUUUUGGGGAUGAAUUUCUUCGCUUGCUUCUAACAAGAUUUAUCUUCUGUUCGGCUACUAUGAGGAUGCACAAAAUUUUCCGGCAGGAAACUCGCAAUUAUCCAGAAUCUUAUCCUCAGCUGCCAAGAGAUGAAACUGUGGAGAACCCUCACCUCCAAAAGCACAUUUUGGAGCUGGCUUCCAUACUGGAUGUUAGAAAUGUUUUCCUGGAAAACACCCUCGACGACUAUUAGAAGAGACUGUCUUACUGCAAAGCGGUUUCCCUGGUCACAGAUUUUGAAUGGUGCAGUUUUUUAAUGUGAAAAUCAUAAAAGGAAGUACUUGAUUUUAUUUUUAAAUUUAGGACCAUAAUUUUAAAAAACAAUAAUAAACAGCUGUUAGUUUAGCUGUUCCAUUCUGUAUGGGGUCACUUUUAUAAGCGAAACUUUUCAUGUCUUUUAAAUGUUAAACUAAAGAAUCACUAGAGUUUUAUUUCUGGUCUUGUGGCUGCUAUCAACCACAUUUCCAACAGCUGAUCCUAAGCAUAGAAGUACUAUUGGUUACCUUUAGCCCAUGUUUGUGGAAAUCCUUUAUUUUUAUACAAUUUUAAAAAAUUGGAAAAAAUCAAUAGAAAAACAAUAUUUUUUUCCCCAAAGACUCUGGAUUUGAAAUGGUAAAGAUGGAACCACACAGUGCAAACCAACAAUAGCAAUAAAACAGAGUCCUUCAUAACAAAUAUAUUUUUUCAGUCUUAGGCAAGUAAGUAGACAAAACUGAGGUAGAUUAAGCUGCAUUUGGAGCAGUGGGUUUGACAUGAAGUCGUAAAGAGCUUUAAUGCUCCCUAUAAAUUUGUCACACCAAUUCUAUAUACAAACUUUGUACUGCUGGCCAAGGACAAUUUCCACUCUACCUGCUUGGGUGGAUGGCUAGCAGACUGAUGAAUUACAAGACCAAGAGAUUUGGCUCCCCUUUCUCACCAUAACAUGGGUCAUUGUGCCAUUUGUAUUGCUGCUGCAAUUUUCCAGGAGGAGAGGGCGUUCUUCAUUUUGAGCUAAUAGAUAGAAAUUCUUAAAUCUCCACCAGGUGUAAUCUGUCCUUUCCUUGUGUAAAUGAAACGUGUGGCUCCUCCAGUGUUAUCAAUUCCUGACAAGAGUUGAAAGUGUGUCCCAUAAAGUGCUGAAUAUCAGCCCUUCCUAUCACCCAUUUAUCUAACUAAUCUGUGUUGGAUCCCUGUGCCCUAGCAGACAUGCUGGUGCUCCUCUUGGAGGUUAGGGAAAAAAAAAAAAAAGUUGUGCUGCCACAAAGCCCCGUUAAUGUUGUGAGUGCUCAUUGUUGCAUCUCAGUCAUUUUUUCGAGCCAGUAAAACUGAGGGGCUGUAAUACUGUUUGGCAGUGCUGUAGGCUCUCUCAGCCCAAAAUGCUCAGUCUAGGUGGGUUAAGGAGUACUGUGACCUUUGUAAAGGCACUUGCUGGAGAAGGCUAUUUUGAGUGUGGGGAGAAAAAGUGCUUGCUGACUCUUUUGGACUGUACCUCCUUCCUUGCAGAACUAGAGGAACUCUUGCAACUCCUGACAGUGAAGCCUGAGGGAGGAAAGAAAAUGAAAAUGUUCUAAACUAUUCUAAACUAGAAAAUUCUAAACUAGAAAAAGUUUGUUUUCACUGUUUCUGUGCUGAAAAGGAAGUGAAAAGACAAGUCUGAUCAGUGCUUUAAAGUUGCAACCCAGUCAUGCCUCUAAUGUCAGGUGGAAAAAAAAUUGCAAAAUGUUGGGACUAUCACAGCAGGCAUGUUUGCAAAGCUGUAAUACAACGGUAUGAUCAACUCAGAAGCUGGAAUAGUGAAGGACUAGAAAUCGGCACUGAUGGACCCUCAUUCAGCAGGGCGUAGUACAGAACAGCAGGAUUUGCCACAGUAUAAAUGGGAAGUUUGUGUGAAGGUUCUCUGUAUCUUGGGCUGUAGCUUCAGCUUAAGCUCUCCAUUCUUUAAUUUCCCAAGUGUAAAAAAUUCAAUGAAUGCUAGCAUUUUUCUCUGAGCAGUGUUGAAGCUGGUAUGUUGGGCCCCUCACCACUUGGUGCUGCUCUUCUUUGGACUAUAGCAGGACUGGGAUGUGGAGUUUAUUUUAAAGAGUGUGUGUUUGUGUGUGUAUGUGUAUUCUAGGCGUUUGUGUGUAUAUGUACAAUACACAUACAUCUACUUGCUAGUGUAAAUUGUAAAUAUGUAUAUAUGUAUAGGUACUUGUAUAUGUAUUAAAAAGUAUGAAACAGUACAAUGUCUUUAUAUACAACAUUUAUAUAUACACACAUACGCCAUUUUGGGUGCAUUCCACAAGGUGUUCCAGAUCCUUUGUGGUUGUAGUAAAGGUUAUGGCUCUUCUACCAUUAUAAUUCUGUUUUCAGGGACUUGCACUUAGUCCUUGAAGUAAUUCAGAACUGCAAUCGGGUACAGGAAGCCUUAGCUAGGGGUUAUGAGUACUCCUAUGUAUGUGACAGUGAUUAGAUUCAUGGAUUCUUAAUGGUGAAGCUGAUGAUCUGCCUUUCCUUCUGGUAGGAGGUCCCCAGUUAUUAAAACGUGGGAUCAUACGUGGAAGCUAAAGAUACUGAAAGCCUUUAAAGCAGCAGCAAGUGAGAGUCACAGAUUAUCGUAUCUGCUACCCUCCCUGCUGUUCCUCCACCAGCAGUGUUUAAUGUGCAUGGAAGAGGGGAACUUAUUUUUCCCCAGCUCACUGCCUUCCAAUCAGAUGCUUUUGUUCUGCUUUAGCUUUUGCUUUGAUGAAGCUAUUCUCAGUUUGGUUCCAUGCAUCUGGAAAAUAGUGUGCUAUUUUGAAGCACAGGAG